AUGGAAGCCACAAAGAAAACAAUUCCCGAUAACACAGACCCUGAUAAUGAUGUCUGGCUGUCACCUCUGUCCCUUGGGUUCUUCAUUAAUGCUAAGUUGAUGGGGUUGAACAUCAUAUUGAGUAUCCCAGUGGUUCUUGCAGAUGGCACCCUUGAUGAAUCUAAUAUUGGACCGCUACGAUGUGAUUUUAGCGGCGUCGAUGUGAGGAGUGUGAAGUGGAUGCUGACUGCGGGAGCACCAAUCCAUGAAAACCUACGCCGUACAAUCUCAGAUAACUUUGGAGGAGUUCACUUGACGCUAGAAUGGGCAACAUCGGAGACCAUGCUUCCAGCUAUCCAGUUGGAUGAGUCGACCAAAAAGCCUGGGUCAAGUGAAACCUUGGUAAAUGGAAUCCAGGCCAAGGUUAUCAAUACGGAAACUGGGGAAGAAUGUGGUAUAGGGGAAGAGGGAGAAAUCCUCGUCCGUAACAAGCUUGCAAGGUACAGCGGUUACAAGGACAACGAGGCCGCAAACCAGGACUUUGAUUAUGAGGGCUGGUUCCACAUCAAAGAUUACGGCCAACUCGACGAGAAUUGCAACUUCUACAUCAUAGACCGUAUUAAGGAACUCCUGAAGGUUGGUGAAGGCCAUGAAUCUCACGUUUCCGCCAGUGAACUUGAGUCUGUGAUAUUUGAACAUCCAGCUGUUGCCAAUGUAGUGGUCGUUGGUACUCGAAACUACGACACACAAAUGGACGAGCCAUCUGCCUUCGUUAUUUUAAACCCCGAAUAUUCCAAUAACAGCAAAAUAGCAAAGAUGAGAGUUGAGCAGUUUGCAGCCGAGAAAUUGACCGGUCUGAGACGACUCACAGGAGGAAUUCACUGGCUUUCGAGCUACCCAACGACUGGCUUCAAGGUUGAUCGUAAGAAGCUAAAAUCCAUGGUUCCAGAGAAACAAAAGCCUAUGGCAACCGGCCUUUUUUUUUCCCCUAUUUUGGCAAACUAG